GCAGGCUCGCGAUGGCCGCUUGCGAGCGGCGGGUUUUAGUUCGAGAGCUGACGCGAUGCUGGGCGUACCACAUCAAGUUGGCCGAUGAGCUUGAUUAUUGCGGCGACGAGGAGGUCAUGAACGCGAAGGUCAAGAAGUCCUUCCUCGUUCGGUACAGGGACCUCCUGACGGAGACGCGCCAGAUCGCGAAGUCUGUGGAUAAGACUGUCGCUCAGGAGGCCCUCGUCGGAGUGGCGACGCGCAACGAAGCUGCGUGGCACCUGGCUGCAGGGAAAAAGCAGUGGUCGAUCUUCACUGCGCGGCAGCUCAGGGCGAUGUUGAGGAGAGUUGCUUGGGCCAGUCCUUUCGCGAGCGACGAGGGCGAGCCAGACAUGGUCGACGAGGGCGCAGACGAUGAGGGGACUGGCGAGCGCCCCGAGCCUGUCGCGCUCAAGAGGCCCGCGGCCGCGCCCGCCAGCGCGGAGAUGGCGGCUCCAGCAGGCUCAUCCGGCAAGCGGCGCCGCGGCAGCGCCAUGCAGCUCAAGGUCAUCGAGGCAGCCUGGAGAUGCCGCGUGGACGCCGACGCCCAGAUUCCCGAGCACGCCAGGGGGGAGAAGGUGGAUGGCAAGGAGACGCUGGUGGCGACUUGGCCCGACGGAGUAUCAUGGGAAGUUCCAGGGACCUCUCCCGCUGAUGUCGGCGACGAGAAGCCAGGCAACGGCCUCUGGGAGGGGCUCAACGACAACAAGGUGGUGAGGGUCGCGAUGGUGAACCACAAGUCGAAGGGCUCGUGGAUCCAGACGAGGGAGGGGUCCAGGCAGCUCAUGCAAUUGUGUGGGUACGACAAGAAAGAUCUGGAGUCCGCGCAGAAGUUGAUGAUCGACCUUGCGACGCGCUACUGCGCCAAGGAGCUCGACAAGCCGAGAAUGGAGGUUCUCAAACUUGAGUGGGUCGCCCUGCACAACAACAAGAACACAAAGAAAGACAAGGGCAAGGUGAAGGACCCGGUGGAGGAGUCUGACGGUGAGCCGUUGCUGAAGCCGAAGGCCAAAGCCAAAGGCAAGGCCAACGCCAAGGGCAAGGCCAAAGCAGCGGCGAAGGACAACGCCAAGGUUGAGGACGACGGCAGCGAUGGCAGCGACCACAUGUAUGGCAGCGAGGCGGCCAGCGACGCCGACAGCGAGGGCACGAAGAGCGAGGCCGACCUCCUCGAGGAUGGCGCAGACGAGAAGGCGGAGGACGACAGCCCAGAGCCGUGCGCGAUCUCUCAGGACACCGAGCCCAAGGCCGAGCCGAAGAAGGCCCCUGCCACGAAGCCGCUGCAGUCGCAUCCGGUCGCGGAGCCCAAGGCGCCCCCUGAUACGCCGAGUCCGAGAUCGGCUGCCAUCCUCGAGCCGAUGUCUGCGCCGAAGAAGGCCGAUGACAAGACCUUCGUUGAGGUGCACGCGCGUUCUUCUCCGCCCAAGCAG